GUUCGAUUAUCAAAACUCACCUCUGCUCCUUCGUCUCUCUUAAAUCUCUCUCCCUCUGCAACUCCGCUUCCCAUCUUCGGAUUGAAUCACCUAACAAGCAGAAAGGUCAAUGUUUUAUGCAGUCUCUGCCCCUAGCAUUUCCAUUUCCUGCCCUGGAAGGCCCUACUUUUACCGAAGGAAAUUUGUUUCUCCAAGGCUUUGUGUACGGCCACCGGCUAAUAACAAGGAUGCUAAUGGAGUUGAAGUAGAGUACACUCCUUGGCUGAUUGUUGGGUUGGGUAACCCUGGCAAUAAGUACCACCAAACCAGGCACAAUGUUGGUUUUGAAAUGAUCGAUAAAAUAUCUCAAGCAGAGGGGAUAGUGCUUAACACAAUACAGUCAAAGGCUUUACUUGGAAUAGGUUGCAUUGGGGUGGUACCAAUUGUACUGGCGAAACCUCAGGCAUACAUGAAUUACAGUGGGGAAUCGGUUGGACCACUCGCAGCGCAUUAUCAAAUACCUCUACGUCACAUUUUGCUGAUUUACGAUGAAAUGAGCUUGCCAAAUGGUGUCUUGAGGCUUCAGCCUAAAGGUGGACACGGGCAUCACAAUGGAGUAAAGAGUGUUAUGGGCCAUUUGGAUGGUCAGCGUGCAUUUCCUAGGUUGUGCAUAGGUAUCGGAAAUCCACCAGGCACCAUGGACAUGAAAGCAUUUCUUCUACAGAAAUUUAGUUCUGUAGAGAGAGAACAGAUUGAUGGAGCACUGGUACAAGGGGUUGAAGCUGUGAGGACCCUCAUUCUCAAUGGUUUUGAUCAAAAAAUUAAUAGAUUCAAUCUGGGACAAAAGUACAAAUAUCACAAAGUGUGAUUUCUUUCUGAUGAGUGUAGUAUAUGCAUUGUUGUCUGAGGAUCAAAUGCUCACUUACUCGGGAGCCCAUGUUUCAGCCUAAAGACAAGGAGAAAAAGAAACAUCCUUUAAACCCGAUACUUGAAGAAGUACAGAGUAUACAUGGAUUAUGGAAUCACUAUGAGCUUGAAACUUCAAGGCGUUGUAUGUGUAUCCCCUUGCUCCCUCUAUGUUAUGCCUCUUGUAUUUUAUAUUUUCACGCAGGUCUUCAAUUCGACAUUGUAAAAUCUCUGAGGGAGAGGUUGUCCUUCUGCAGGUGUAAUGAAUUGCUGUUGAAAGCCAUUUCAUAAAAUUCUGCUCCGAUUGUUACCA